CACCACCCACAAGACAACACAGACAUAUCCUCUUCCUCUCUAACAACACAACACAGACAUAUCAAUUCCAAUUUAUCACAACAAAAUUCUCUCCUCCUUCACUUGAUGAUGGCUUCUAUUUCAUCUUCUCCAUCUCCUCACAAACUUCUUUUCCCAACCCCUCACAAAUUCCUCCACGUCAAAAGACAAUCCUACCCUCUCCCGCUCUCUCCUUUUCCCGAUUCUACUCUCUGCCGUUCCUCCUCCUCUUCCUCCGGUAACAACUCCACUCGCCGCCCCUGGGACUUCCCCAUCCACAACCUCCUCAAGAACCUCGUCAAACGCUUCGACUCCUACCUCAACCAGAAGGAUACUGCACAGAACGACGCCGUUUCUGACAAAGAAGACUGGGAUUGGGAGAGGUGGAAGAAGCAUUUCGAUGAUGUAGAUGAACAGGAGCGUCUUGUCUCCAUUUUGAAGUCACAGUUAGGUAAAGCAGUAUACAGAGAAGAAUAUGGAGAUGCUGCUAGGCUCAAGGUGGCAAUUGCAGCUGCAGCUACUAAUGACACUGUUGGCAGAGUGAUGUCCAACUUGAAUAGAGCAGUAGUGGAAGAGCGUUUUGAGGAUGCAGCUAUUUUACGAGAUAAAGCUGGUGCUGGAUUGGUGGGAUGGUGGACUGGUAUUUCAGAAGAUAAGCACAAUCCUUAUGGUCUGAUAAUACAUGUUACUGCAGAGCAUGGAAAAUAUGUAGCUAGGAGUUAUAGUCCCCGGCAGCUUGCUACAGCUGCAGUUGGUGUUCCCCUGUUUGAGAUCUAUCUUACUAUGAAUAAGAAAGGUGAAUACAAACAGCAGGCUGUGUACUUAAGAAAGAGGGGUUUUUUCGAAGAUUCUUCAAAAGUUUCCCCCAAAGCAUCAGGUGCUGCCAGUGGCUUGAAUUCAUCAGGCUCAACGGAAGACAAGGAUGAUCUUCUUGUUAUGAGUACCGAAGAUGUCGAAGAUGGUGAUGAUACUGAUGAUAAUUCUGAUCUAGCUGAGGGACUGUCUGGAUUUCAGAAUAUAUUGCGAGAUAUGAUUCCUGGUGUGAGAGUUAAGGUUUUGAAGGUGAUAACCCCUGGGAAGGUAGAUCGAGAUUUUAUAUCCAAGGUAAUUGAGCAGAUAAUAGAGGAUGAAGAUGAAGAAAAAGAUAUCGAGGUGGAAAAUGCUGAAUCAGAAGAUGAAGAUGAAGGUGAAAGUGAAAGUGAAAGUGACCAAGAGAGGAAUGAGAUAGAAAUGGAUGCUGUUCGUGGAAUUAUAGAAAAUGAAGAGCAAAGUGAAAUUGCUGUCAAAGUUGUGGUUGGUGGUCUUGUUCAGAAGCUUUCUGGCAGUAUGCCUGCUAAGGAGCGAGUACCUGCUAAGCUAGAAAAGAAGGGACGUUUGUCAUUUUCCUUCUUUAUAAAGAAAGAUGGAAAGCUACAGGAUUCUGGUGCCAAGGAACUAACUUCAGUGGAUCGCAAAGCUAAGCUUCGAGGUCAGCUUAGCAUGGACAGUGUUAUGCUUGAUCUUGCAAAGUUUGUCGGCAAGGAGAAGAUACCAUUGAAGGCAGGCUUACAUCUUUGCUUCGCAUAUCUUUAUUCUGCUGCCUCAUCUAUGCAGGUGCUUAAAGAUAUUGGUGAAUUAAUAAAUCUCUCUCUCAGUCAGGCCCAGAGCCGUCAACCACUGUCCGGUUCAACAACUUUCCAGCGAAUUGAGAUAGCAUCACCAUCAGAUCCACUAAAUGGACUAUACAUUGGUGCACAUGGACUUUACACCUCAGAAGUUAUCCAUCUGACACGCAAAGUUGGCCAAUGGAAAGAUGAUAGUGGGACUAGGAAUUCUUCUGGUCUCGAGUUUUAUGAAUAUGUGGAAGCUAUUAAAGUAACUGGAGAUCCUUAUGUACCUGCUGGCCAGGUUGCAUUUCGUGCCAAGAUUGGAAAAAGAUAUCAGUUGCCACAUAAAGGAAUCAUUCCUGAAGAAUUUGGAGUGAUUGCUCGAUAUAAAGGACAAGGGAGGCUUGCAGAGCCAGGUUUUCGAAACCCACGAUGGGUUGAUGGUGAACUUGUUAUUCUUGACGGAAAGUACAUUAAAGAGGGGCCUGUUGUUGGAUUUGUCUAUUGGGCUCCUGAAUAUCAUUUCUUGGUGUUCUUCAAUCGGCUUAGGCUUCAGCAGUAGAUUCUCAUUGUACAUAAAGUCCGAGUUUUGCUGAUUCUUUGGUCAGAUUAGGCUGGCAGCAGAGAAGCUUAGAUAUAUUAGGCCCCAAUUCAAAUGCUCAAGCCGUUGACUGGUGCACUUCUAAGCAUGUAUUGACCAGAUGAAAGUAAAUAUUGAUGCUUUGUGGUGCAUUGAUUCAGCCCUUCUACUGCUUGGUUUUUGGCAGUCCUCUCACCAAUGUAUGUGUUGUUAACUUCUGCUGUACAUACUGUCAGUUCCUAACUAUUAAGCUGUUGUGAUGCUUGAUCGUUUUAUUAUUCGUAGUUCUAUUAUCUCACAAGCACAGUUGGGAUUGCGCAAUACCUGAAUUAGAAAGUAGAAUAUGUAAGGGAUACUGAUGGGCUUUUUUAUUUAUUUAUUAUUAUUUUUUUUUUUAUUGGUGCAGUUCCUUGUAACCUUGUUUCGAAUCAAUUACUCUGUAAUUAUCAUUUUUGGUUUUUU